CUCGGUAGGUGAUUUUCUGGUUUAUCAUCUUAUAAAAAAUUUAAAGUGUUUGCGUGUUUGCGUGUUUGCGGAUUGUUUUCGAGGAGGAUUGCAAUAUAUGGUUUGACUAUUCACUUCAGAGUCAAGGCAUAGGACUGAACCCAGAGGGUAAAGAUCUAUACUCACCACGAAGAUACCUGGAUUAACAGUACAGGGAUACAGACUCACCUUUUUGGGCAGAGUCAACUCACCUUGUCGUACCAGAAAGGCAUUCCAAAGACACCACCUCGCCACUCACCCACAACUUACCAACCCCACCACCAAACCAUGGACCUCACCCCCACCGCCAUACCCCUCGUCAUCCACCCAACCGCCGCAUUCACCACCUCCCCCCCUCCUUCUCCACCAUCACCCACCAUACUCCCCUGGCCCCUCCCCCCCCUCAACCCCUCCACACGAAUCAACAGCCUCACCCCCGUCCUCAACCCUCACUGGCGCCUCGACCUCUGCAGCUCCCAAGGAACCCAAUUCCACACCACCCCCCUCACCCACCCUCUCCCACCCCCCCUUUUUAUCACCACCACCAUCCCACCUCCCUCCGCACACCCAACUCUCUCGCACCUCCUCGACCUCCCCCAAGCAUUCAGCUGCCGCGGCGACUCCAUCCAGAGGCUCGGGAUCGCUCAGCACGUUCUCCGCGCCUUGGAGCACUAUUCAGCCACACACCCUCGCUUUGAAGAGACAUACCGCACCCUUCCCUUCGGCUCCCAAAUCGUCAUCUCGCGCCUACACAAAGACGUUAGCAAAUGCCACAUCACCCUCCUUCGCAACACGCAGUUAGAGCACACGCUCCUCACCCCCUCUGCGCUCGCCGCGCUCGCCCCUGAGAUCCCUUCCGCGGACUGGCCGGAAGCACUGAAUAUAACCUCGUUGACCCUAGUGCGUCAGAUCCAUGACAGCGUCUGCGUCGUCGCUCUCCCAUCUUCCGGGUUAGGAGAGCCGCGGGAACUGGUCAUGAAAGCUGUGACGGGUGAUCCAAAGUACUUGUACCACGAGCUGAUUUCGCUACUUUCCCUCCCAGCGCAUCGCAACAUUAUCCGCCCGCUCUACCUCACGACGAAGAAAUGCAGGUUUGGCGGCAAGGUAGGUGUUGUGGGGAUGCUGCUCCCGUUCCACCGCGCAGGAAGCCUUCGGGAUGUGCUACCCCUUCGUUCUCUAACUGGGACAUUGGGCUGGAACGAUCAAAUGUGCUGGGCAAAGGGAUUAGCCACCGCACUUGUGCAUAUUGUGCGCCAAGGGGGAUAUUAUUCCGACCUGAGGGUUGAUAAUGUGGUGCUUGCCGAGAACGGGGAGGCUGUUUUGGUGGAUUUUGAGCAGAGGGGUGUGUGGGUGGGAUUUUCGGCGCCAGAGGUCGCAUGUAUCGAGAAUUUAGCUAUCAUUGCGAUGAGUGCCCAUGGGGAGGUGCCGGAGGGAGUCAGGGCCGAGUAUCGUGCGAAGAUGGAUCGGUUCGUGCCCGGGUGGAGGGGCGUAGGGAAGGGGGCGCACAAGGGGAAGACCGAGGGGUUUGCAUUGGGGUGGUUGGCGAUGGACGCGGAGGAGAGGGAGGCAGCGAUGGUAUAUAUGCUUGGUAGGGCACUGUGGUGUAUAUUCGAGGGAGUGGGAAUGCCAGAGCGAGCAGUGUGGAGGCAGGGUGGAGAAGGAGGGAUGGAAUUCCCAGCAUAUAGGAGGGCGGGGCAGAGGGAGAGGGAGUUGAUUGAUAGGUGCACGAUGGGAAGGGUGGAGGGGAGGAGAGAGCAAGGAGUGGUGAGAUCGGGGGGAAGGAUUGUGUUGAAGGAAGGAGAUGGGACGGAGAGUGCGGAGGUGGUGCAAAGGGCUGCGAAGGAGUGGUGGAUUGAGGAGCUGGGGAGGGGAGAAAGGUUCUUGGAGGAGAGAGAGAUAAUGAGGGAGGAGAGAAGAGAAAGGGGGGUGACUGGAGGUUCUUCUAUGUUUGGUGGGAGGCCGAGAUUGGAGGAGGUGCUUGAUAUUUUGGAGAGUUGGGAGAUGUGAUGUGUGAAGUUGGCCGAUUGGGUAACGGGUUAGGUGUUGGUGAUGGACUCCACAGCGGUCUGUGAUUCCCGAGAUGCCGGGAGAGAAAAGGAUUGGAUGUUGGUCCAUUGGAUAUUGAUGCCCACCGGUUGGUGAAGCGGGAAGGAGCGAGUUCGUGAGAUGCUGGAAUGGUGGACGCAAUCUUAUUGGAUACGGGAUUUUAUUGAAUCAAGUAUGUUUUGGAGCGAGGCU